GCUACUUACUAGUUUCAAGUUAACAAAAAAGGCCAGUAAUCAAUUAUUUCAUAACAUAAAGAAUUAAAAAACAUUACAUAUUACAUUAAUGAUUAACUGGUAACACAACUGUCUUAGAAUAGUUACGGUGUCAAAACAAUUGUUUUUAUUAAAUUGUAUUUAUGUUUAUACAUGAUAUAAGAUGAAUUAUUUAAAGAAAACAUCUUGUUCUCGCAUUCUCAUGGUCAUUUAUGACCAUCUUUCACAAAUCAUAUAACUGUUUAUUUAAAAAUGAAUUUCUGUAUACAUAUGAAAAAGACACAAUUAACAUGUAUCACAUAAUUAGACUAAUUUUAUACAGACUAUGGGUGGUUGCUAUGUUUAUUAUAUUUUCUAGUAUAAUAGUGUUCUGGUUUUAUGGAUCAGCUAUAGGCGCCAUCGUAUUUACGCUGGGAUUCUCAGGAAUCCUAUAUAAUGCUCAAGAUCUUCUCUUGUACUACCCAAAUGACCCACCUGAUGCUAGAGCCUUUGUUUUACAACCAAGUAAUUACAAACUUCCUUAUGAGAGUAUUAAAAUAAAUAGCAAAGAUGGAGUGAAAAUUCAUAUGUUCUUCAUAAAGCAACAAGACAAUAGUAAUAAUGUCCCUACUAUGAUAUUUUUUCAUGGAAAUGCAGGCAAUAUGGGUCAAAGACUAGCAAAUGUAUCUGGAUUUUAUCACAAGCUCAAUAUCAACAUAUUGAUGAUGGAAUAUAGAGGGUAUGGCCUCUCAGAAGGGUCACCAUCAGAGCGAGGAUUGUAUAUUGAUGCACAAACUGCCUUUGACUAUCUAAUGCAAAGAAGUGAUAUUGACAGGAAUAAAAUAUUCUUAUUUGGACGAUCUUUAGGUGGAGCAGUAGCUAUUGAUCUUGCUUCUAGAUUAGAUAACAGAAAUAAACUUUGGGCAAUGGUAAUUGAAAAUACUUUUACAAGCAUUCCAGAUAUGGCUAAAAUUAUUCUCAAAUGGAGAUGUUUACUAUGGCUCCCACAAAUAUGUCAUAAAAAUAAGUAUUUGUCUUUAAAGAAAAUCGGGAAUGUUGUCACCCCAACACUAGUUGUAUGUGGGACAAAUGAUGCCUUGGUGCCUCCACCAAUGGCUAAAGAGCUAUACUUUAGAUGUGGAGCAGUCUGCAAGAAGAUUGCUGAAAUGCCUGGUGGAGGUCAUGACAACACUUGGACAUGUCGAGAUUAUUAUUCUACAAUACAACAGUUUCUUGUGAAUUUGCCACCGGUAUCAAAAAAUAUAGUCCCUUUUUUUGAUAGUGAAGUUGAUCCCCACAAAGUUGUACAUAUUGUAUAGCUUUAAUAAAAGUUAUCAUUACAUUAUACAAAUGUUGUGAUAUCAUGUACAAAAUAUGUUUUUUGUUUUAUAUUUAUCUCAGAUAUAUUUUCACAAACAAAAAUGCAUGAGGAAUUUUAUUUUUUAGUAGUAAAUGAUGUCAGUUAAUUGCACAAGCCUUGAUAAUGGUAUGAUUUAGUUUUUAUAUUAAUAACUACUAACAAUAAUGUACACUGUCAAUGAUAGAAUUAUUUACCACAAUUUUGUACUCCUUUGUCUGUUACCCAUAUAUUUUAAUAAAUAAUAUAUAUGAUGGCGAUGAGUGGUUGUUGAGUAAAAAGAUUCGCAUGCUAAAUAGUAUUUUAAUAGAUACCUAAGGAUAUAUUUAUUAUAUUUAAUUUUAAAAGAUUUUACAUGAAGGUACAUUUUUUCUUGUCAUAAAGCCUUAAAUAACUUAAUGGGUAGCAUGAUGAAUUAUUUCUAGCAAAUAUUCCAUUCUUGCUGCAUUACUAAAUACAAAGUAGGAGUAGGUUCAUAAAAGAUCAAUCAAUUCUAUCAAGUCAAUUUUAUACAAAGCAAGUUAUUGGUCAAAUGUUGAAAAUAAAUUCAUUCCAAAUGGUACGCAUUAGUGUACUGUAUGUACUCCCUUUACUUUGCAGUUGAGUUAAGAAUUUGCUGGUAAGAAGCUCCAAAUUUAACUUUCUCUUUGAAAAUAAUUGUGUCAAGGUUAUUUAACUUUCUAAACUUUCUACUCAUAAUAUAAAUCAUGAAAACAAGGUUUUUAAUUUAUCUUGAGUUUCUUAAAUUUAUUUAAGUUAGUUCAAAUAUACGACUAUUCCAUUAUUCUAUUCUGUUUUAUAUUUACACUUGGUCCUAAGCGUACCAAUUAUAAAGAGAACUGUUAAUUUUAAGAGCUUCAAAAGUAAAAACAACAAUUGCAAGGAUUUUGACAAGCUGUAAAUAUGUUUCUUAGGCUAAAGCUAUGCAUAAUUUCGUCAAAUUAAUAAGAACAUGUUUUCCGUUUGUUAAGAAUUUUUUUAUUAAUAUAAAUUAUAUUAAAGUGAAUGUCAUGUUAAAUAUCAAAGUGUACAAAGAGAAAGUACAUAUUAUGUAACUUAUCUAGAGUGAAUGCUUUAUUAUGUAGAUAGGUGCUAGAUAUAUCAGAUUAAAAGAAAUAAUAUUAUGGUCAUUUAAAAUACUUAAUUAAUACACAAUUUUAAUAAUUUACUUUGAGACUAAGAUUACCAAUGUAUGCCUUAAUAUACUGGCACACUGCACACACCUUGUAUUGUAAUAAAAAUAAUUUAACUUAUAUUUUGUAUUGCUGUGAAAAUAAUAUUUUGAAAAAUUAAUAAAGUAUUUUUUUAAUUAUUUUUUACUCUAGAAUCCCAAGAAAUAAUAAUAGUUGAAAGAUUAGAGACAAUUGUAACUCCUUAUAAUUUGGACAAUAGUACCUAAAAAUAAAAUUAAGAAUUUGUAAUCUUCGUAACUUAAAGAAAUAAUGUGAGCUUUACCUCAGCACUCUGUAAAUACAGUGUAUAUCCCAACUUCAAUAGUAACCUCUAAAGACUAGUAUAGAUGUAAAAUGAAUAAGCCAGUAUAGUUCCUAAAAAUAUUAUUUAUUUCAAGAUAAUAGUUUAACAAACCAUGUACCGUGUGGUUACAUUUAUUUAUUGUUAUCUCAAGGAGAGGUAGUAAGUAAAUUUUCAAGAAAAAUGUAUGAAGUGUAAAAACUAGUCAACAUCAAGUAUCCAAUAUUAAAAUGUAAUACUUAAUGCCAUGUAAUGCUAUCAGACUUAUUAUAAUAAUUUAGACAAUUCACACUUAACUAUGAUUAUGCAACUAAUGUUUCUGGAAAUAGAUGUAUAAAGUUUGACAUAAAACGUGUUUGUGUAAAAAGUAAAAAAAAUAUCGUGAAAAAAAUUA